AUGGGCAAAAAAGAAAGCCCAGACACUGUUCUAAAAUUAAUAACAAUGAAGAAAUGCCCCAUCAAGACGAGUCCCAAUAAAGACUUACAAUUAGCUUUUGUUAUAAUGCUAGAAGAUCAUAAGAUAAUUCUGGAUAACAAAAUGACACCUGCUAUUAAAUCUGCAAAAGAAAAAGCCCUUAAAGAAUUAACGGAGAUUUAUAACAGCAAUAUAAAACCAAACUUAGAUAUUAAACAAGUAUUAAAAAAAGUUAAUAAUAUGAAUACCAAAAUAAAGAAAAUUACGGAUAUGAAGAAAACAGGAAAUAAGAAAAUAAAAUUAAAUGAAUGCAAGAAAAGUUUUAUGACCUAUGGAACGGAAAUGAAAAUUCAGUAA